UGCAACACCUUUUAUCAGACAGUUAAAUCAUGUUUCGUUAAAAAUCUAUUUAGGACACAUAUUUUGCUCAUUUUCUAUUAUUUAAUGAUACAAUGGAUUUCAGGAAUUCGACGGUUAAUUAUUCCAUGUUGUUGAUUUUGUUACUGUGUAAAGCAGACGACAGUGCAUCACUUGGUAAAAGAUUCGUAGAGGCUGCCAUCUAUACAGGCCCGUAUCAAUGGUCAACGUGGACCGAUUGGUCUUCUUGUAACGCAACAUGUUCGAACGCUGGCGGCAUUGGACAAAGUGUUCGAACCCGUUACUGUGACGAUGGAAGGUUCUAUGUCAAAGUACAUUUAUGCCAAGGUCAAUACGUGGGCAACGUCGGCACAUUGGUAUUUAGAAGAGAUGCACAGAAUUUGGAAAGGUCGGAUGCAUUUAACUUAAAUGAUGGCUUAACAGCAUAUGAAACGAAAACAUGUCAUGUGACGUGUACGCCGCACGUAUCAGUCAAUAUAUGGAGCCCUUGGCAAACUUGGUCAACGUGCAGUGUAAGCUGUGGAAUAGGUAAAUGGUCAAGGUCACGGACCUGUAGCACCGGCAUAGAUUGCAUAGGUGAACCUAUCCAGUACGGUGCAUGCUUUAAACAAAGUUGUCAAAAAGAUUUAGAUGGCAGCUGGGGAUCAUGGUCGGACUUUGCAAACUGCUCACGCACGUGCGGAAACGGUGUUCAGCACAGGCACAGACAGUGUAAUAAUCCUGCUCCUCAAAAUGGCGGACAAAAUUGUACAGGAAGUGCCCAAGACUUCCGGGCAUGCGCAACGUUCCCUUGUCCUAUUGACGGCGGAUGGAGUAAUUUUACCGACUUGGCAUGCAGCGCCACCUGCGGAAUAGGGAUAAUGACGUCAAUACGAUCAUGUACAAACCCAACGCCGAGAAAUGGCGGACAGGAUUGCCCUGGUGAAGGAUACAAAUUAUCCCAGUGCUAUUUGAAGAACUGCUUAGUUGAUCAGUGGUCCACGUGGUCUUCAUGGAACGACUGCAGUGUGACAUGCGCAAACGGAAUGAAAUCAAGAACGCGCACGUGUCUGUCUUCAAACGACUGUGUUGGAGAAAGCCACGAAACAGAAGCUUGUGUAAAGACGUCAUGUCCGCACACAGUUGAGCUGAAUGCCGCUCGCAUUAGGAGGUUUUUGAAUGACCAGUUACAAAGUUCACAAGCAAUUGAUACAGGACCGUACUCUUGGUCAUCGUGGUCAGGGUGGUCACACUGCAAUGGCACGUGCAAAGUAAAUAGAGGAGUAGGUCAGCAGAACCGGAAGCGACAUUGUAAUGACGACGACGAUUUAGUCAAGUUACAUUUUUGUCGCGAGCCGUUCACAGGUGAUUCCGGCGACGAGCAGACGUCCAUUGUAAGAAAUGCUUACGACAAUGCUGAGAUUAUUUUAGAAGACGGUGUUUCCUCGGGAACAGAUAACUAUGAAUUUGAGUAUCGCACAUGCCAGAAAGAGAACUGCCCAGGACCAACUGUCAUUUCAGUGAACGGCGGCUGGUCACAAUGGACUAAUUUUGGAGCAUGUUCAGUAACUUCCGGAACUGGUCACAGAACACGGUCCAGACAGUGUAAUAACCCAACUCCGGUACACGGUGGACACGACUGUGUUGGGGCUUCUUCGGAAUCAGCGUCAUGUUCAGUAAACACAUGGAGCGGUUGGAAUAACUGGGAAUCAUGUAGCGUCACUUGCGGUAGUGGGAUGAGGGUACGAUCACGGCACUGUACAUCCGGCUCGGACUGCAUCGGUAGUACAUAUGAUGUCGAAACCUGCACAGAAGAUCAAUCCUAUGGCGGAUGGAGUGCUUGGACCGAGUUUGGAGAAUGUUCGCGCAGUUGCGGAACUGGCGUUGUAUUCAGAAGGAGGCUAUGUAACAAUCCAAGUCCUCAAAAUGGCGGCGUAAAUUGUACUGGAAAUGCCCAAAAAUUUAAGGCAUGUUUGAAAACCGAAUGCCCGAUCGAUGGUGGAUGGAGUAACUACCAGGAUAUGCCAUGUAGCGCCACCUGUGGUGUUGGAGUGAAGACGUCAUUCCGGACAUGUACGAACCCAGCUCCUAAAUAUGGCGGGAAAAACUGCACAGGAGAAGCCUACUCAUUCAAGCAUUGUAAUCUUAGGAAUUGCAUUGUAAACACGUGGUCUGAUUGGUCGGAAUGGAGCCCGUGUAAUGCCACGUGCAAUAACGGAAGUAGAUCGAGAACGAGGUCCUGCCUGUCGGAAAACGACUGCAUUGGAGAAUCAAACCAGAGCGAGGCGUGUAAUUUACAGCCUUGUCCAAUAGACGGUGGGUGGAGCAAUUUCCGUAACGUUUCAUGCAGCGUAACAUGUGGGCAUGGUCAAGCAAUAGCUCUAAGAGAGUGUAAUAAUCCCGCCCCUCAGUUUGGAGGCAAAGACUGUGUCGGACUCUCACAUCAGAUAACCGUUUGUGAAAUGCCAUCUUGCGCUGUUGACGGUGGUUGGUCAGAAUGGUCAAAUUUCAGCCGGUGCGGAUCAGUGUGCGGGGAUGGGUACACAACCAGAAAGAGGACAUGUUCGAAUCCAGCACCGCAGAAUGGAGGCAACAAUUGUGUGGGAAAUCAUGAGGAGAGAUCCAAAUGCAAUAGUGGACCGUGUUCUGAUGAUAUGCCAAUAUGCAACAAGGUCAACGUUCUUGAGGAUUUGAAAAAUCAUGCACUAUAUGCACCAACGAGGGCUGGUCCGUGUAGUAAUAUGGACUUUAUACCAGAGGAAAAUAUGAUGAAAGACCUAUGUGGAGCCUCUGCAGACUCAACCACGUGGUAACCAAGUCAAU